GGAGGCCUCCAAGCAGCCCCACCGAGAUGGGCUCCCGGAAGCGCAGCUUCACCUUUGGGGCCUACGGAGGGGUGGACAAGACAACCGUCUACCCCUGGAACCAGCGCUGGAAGAAUGAUGGGCCACUUCAGUCCUCCUCCUUCAGCAACCCCUUAGAGGCGCCUCGGGUGGGCUCGUUUCCCCCACACACUGCUCUCCACCACCCCAAGAACACAGAAUUGUUUGAAAUGAUUGAAAAGAUGCAGGGAAGCAGGAUGGACGAACAGCGGUGCUCCUUCCCUCCUCCUCUCAAGACGGAAGAGGAUUACAUCCCGUAUCCCAGCGUCCACGAGGUUCUGGGCCGAGAGGGCCCAUUCCCUCUCAUCUUGCUGCCCCAGUUUGGGGGCUACUGGAUCGAAGGCACCAACCACGAGCUGAGCAGCAUCCCCGAGACGGAGAAGCUCCAGUCUCCCACCUCCAAGGUGAAGCUGGAAUGCAACCACCUGGCCAGGAUCUACAGGAAGCACUUUCUGGGCAAGGAGCACUUCAACUACUACUCCGUCGACACGGCGUUGGGUCACCUCGUUUUCUCCCUCAAGUACGACGUGAUUGGCGACCAAGAGCACUUGCGCCUCCUCCUGCGGACCAAAUGCAGGACCUACCACGACGUCAUUCCCAUCUCCUGCCUGACGGAGUUCCCCAACGUCGUCCAGAUGGCAAAGCUGGUGUGUGAAGACGUGAACGUCGACCGAUUUUACCCUGUUCUUUACCCAAAGGCCUCUCGGCUGAUUGUGACCUUCGACGAGCACGUCAUCAGCAAUAACUUCAAAUUUGGCGUCAUCUACCAGAAGCUCGGGCAGACUUCAGAGGAGGAACUUUUCAGCACGACGGAGGAGAGCCCCGCCUUCGUGGAGUUUCUAGACUUCUUGGGCCAGAAGGUCAAGCUGCAGGAUUUCAAGGGAUUUCGAGGCGGCCUGGAUGUGACCCACGGACAGACGGGGACCGAGUCCGUCUACUGCAACUUCCGGAACAAGGAGAUCAUGUUCCAUGUCUCGACCAAGUUGCCUUACACGGAAGGGGACGCCCAGCAGCUGCAGAGGAAGCGCCACAUCGGGAACGACAUUGUCGCCAUCGUCUUCCAGGACGAGAACACCCCCUUCGUGCCCGACAUGAUCGCCUCCAACUUCUUGCACGCCUACGUGGUGGUGCAGGCCGAGAGCCCUUGCUCCGACAACACCCUCUACAAGGUCUCUGUCACAGCCCGGGAUGACGUGCCGUUUUUUGGGCCUCCGCUCCCCAACCCGGCUGUUUUCCGGAAGGGGCCCGAGUUCCAGGACUUCCUCCUGACCAAACUCAUCAACGCGGAGUACGCCUGCUACAAAGCGGAGAAGUUCGCCAAACUGGAGGAGCGGACGAGGGCGGCCCUCCUGGAGACCCUCUACGAGGAGCUCCAUCUCAACAGCCAGUCCAUGAUGGGCCUCGGGGGCGACGAGGACAAGAUGGAGAACGGCAGUGGGAGUGGCGGGGGCUUCUUUGAAUCUUUCAAGCGGGUCAUCCGCAGCCGCAGCCAGUCGAUGGAUGCCAUGGGGCUCAGCAGCAAGAGGCAGAUCGUCUCCUCCAGCCAUAGCGGCAGCUUCGGCCACAACAACCCGGACAUCGCCAAGGCCGCAGGGAUUUCAUUGCUUGUCCCUGGGAAAGCAUCAAGUAGGCAUGGACGCCGAGGCAGCGCCAUAGGAAUAGGAACGAUAGAAGAGUCUCUGAUCGUUCCUGGGAAGAGUCCGACGCGGAAAAAGUCCGGGCCCUUCAGCUCCCGGCGGAGCAGUGCCAUCGGCAUCGAGAACAUUCAGGAGGUGCAAGAGAAAAGGGAGAGCCCCACUGGGCCUCCGAAGACCCCAGACGGCGGCCACAUCUCUCAGGAGCCCAAGUCUGAGAACCCGUCCCCUCAGAGCUCGCCAGAGAUGCCGACCACCAAGAACAGGGGAGAUCCUGCUGCCUCCAAGCCGGACCCUGCCCGGGACUUCUCGCGCUCCUCCUCCAGCGCCAGCAGCUUCGGCAGCGUGGUGGAAGAACAAGAGGGGGGACAUGAUGACGACCCCGGGAUGGAGAGCCAGUCCUCGUCAGGAACCCCCCACAAGCGAGACUCCUUCAUCUACAGCACCUGGCUGGAUGACAGCCUCAGCACCACCAGCGGAGGCAGCUCUCCAGGUCCUUCUCGCUCCCCUCAACCAGACCCCAGGAAGUCUGCAGAUUCCUCUUGUCCAGAAAUCAAAAUCCACCUGGAACAAUCAGAUCAGCCAUUGCCCCACCUGAGCUGCUAGCCCUUCCUCCCAACCAGAGUCCAUGGACGUGCCUCCCCCCACCCCACCAAGCACACGGUGAAGAAGCACAAGCUGAGGGAGCUGCGGAAGGCCCCCUUCUUUGUCACGGUGCAGGACGACUGUCCGGCGGGCAAAACCGGCUU